AUGGUUUUCUUUCCUAGCGGUCGUCAGCAUUACCAUGAGCCUCUUCCCCUUCGUCGACCAACCUUCAUCGACAACCCCUCAUCUUUCUCGCAAUGUAAGCGCAGUCAUAGGCCCUCUCCUCUCGACUUGGCCGAUGUGGACACCGAGGCAAAGGCUAAGUUGCCUGUGGUAAACUCUCAGCUGUCUAGCCAUACCUUCUGGGUGCAGUUGCUCGCCGAGUGCGGCGACGUGAGUCCUUUGUCUUCGCCCAUCGAGCGUAGGUCGCUCGAUGUCGAUAGACAGUUGGAUAGUGAAGCUCAGCCUUCUGAGCAAGGGUACAUCCUUGUGUCUCCUUUAAGUGUGCUUGGAUCUCCCGAACCAACCUUCUGCGUAUCGCCCCUGGAUGAGAAUGAUACUGCGCACACUGACGCUCUCGGUGAGUAUGAGUUUGUCCUUGCCUCCGCUAGUACAGAGAGCGAGGGUUGGUCUGUUAUCGCACAGCCAAGCUCAGAAGAUCCCAUGUCCGCUGGCGGCGUCAGCCUUUGGUCUAACCCCUUCUCAGAUGAGUACGAGGACAAUUCUCUUGACUCCCCAGUUUCGCCGUCCUUAGAGCCAUCUUUGGAGGAGCUCAAUUCCAUGUCUCCUGACAACUUCUCACUUGAUGAGCCAUUUGUAUCAGCCCAGGAAGAAUUUGGCCCAUCGUCGAACCCCUUUUCGCCUAACUAUGAGUACGCUCCUUCCCCUGAUAUCUCCCCAGUUCAUGGUUGGACUAUAGUGACUCAAGAUUGGAGCCCUGUGCCUGAGCAGGGCGCUGUUGGCCAUUUCUCUGACGAUUCUAGCGAUGAUGGUCUUGAGAUCCAACAUGUACGACAACGGAUGCCACACCCACUUGUCGCGACGCCGGAGGUUCCUACUACGGAUGAUGGUGUCAAUACCGUCGGAUACGUAGCAUACUCUCCUCGCCCAUUUCUGACGCGUAGUGCUGGUGGUGGUUAUGGAUACAUCACCGAUGCGACUCUUCCAGCAAGUCGUUAUGGAACCUUUGGCACUGAGGAUCCGUCGACUCCUCGAUCGCCGUGGGUUGACGAGAGCGAGACUAGUAUGCUACUCCGCGCACAUACUAUGGACGAACAUCUUGACGGUGGGUGUAGUGCUUGGGACGAUGUUUUCUUCAUUAUCAUGUCGCUGCUCUUCUUUGCUGUCUCCAGCAUCUACGUAUUCAUCCUGCUUUCGGUUCUGCAGCAUAUGGUGCCUAAGCCUUAG